ACACGGAAAGUAAAAAUUAGGUUUAAAUAUACACUGUUUAUAAUUCUUCCCUUUUGACACGCGUAAUGCGAUCGCUAGUAGCAACAUGCUUAGCAAAACAAUUUUGAACUGAUUUAAAAAGUUAGUAUUUAAUAUGAAAUUGAACCGUAUUAGUAUAGCUUUCAACGGAUUAGACCCGUGAUUACGUCUGGUAUAUUUUAAAUCUUAAGUUCAUUUUAACGUCAGAGGAAUUUGGAGAUGGGAAAAUUAUCGUCGAACCUAAAAUCGUGACACAAUCUCAGUUAUUGAUUCAAUUGAUGUUCUGAUAAAGUGUCAUUAAAGGAUUCAUCAGAACAGGUGAAAUAGGUGUAAAACAGUUUAUACAAUGAGUGGAAUGUACUACAAACGUGAGGUGAUGCCGCCACCGCCAAUCACUUAUGGAUACCGAAAAAUUGCUUCUAGACAAGAGGAACAUGACAUCACAAACAGACUGAUCAGAUCAACUUACGAACGUAAAAUAUGGUCUGAAGAAUCCAAGCAAGUGUCAAAUUAUCAGUAUUUAAUUGAAACCGGAAACAGACGGCGUCCUCCUUCGUCGUGUACAAGAACGCCGACGCCUUCAAAUACUAAACGAUACGACUCGAAACGCCUAUCAGAACGGGAUAUGAUUCGAAUGCUCCGCAGACUACUUAAGCCGACGGAGAGUAUGUAUAAUGCUCAGAUCACUGCAAAGAAGGAGGAGGAACAAGAAUUGAAAGAAGGACGAAUUUGUCGAUCAAAAACUCCGAGUGAAGCCGAAGAGAAGAUACUCCGAAGAGUGCAACGUCCUACAACCGCAUCUCGUGCGAAAAAGAUAAACGACUGUCAUCUUUGUUAUGAGCAUGAAAACAAAAAAGAAAAUUCACCUCCCGAUGCAUUUGAUUAUGAAUAUGGUGAGGAUGGUAAAAAACUUAAACAAGACGAUGUGAAUGAACUAGUGAGACGUGUACGCACGCCAACAUAUUCUUCGGUUGACAAACGGAGAUGUGGUGAUGAACGAAAAUGUCCGAAAACGCCCGUGCAAAUAGACGAAGUGAAAAUACGAGCGCAGCUACCAUUAGUAAGUGGACUUACUCGGACAAAGAAUGUGGAGGAUAUUGUUAAUAGAUUAUAUCCUAAACCUAAAUAUAGAAUUGUUCCAUCAGCUACCCCAUAUACAACUUAUACUUCGGAACCUAUAGAAUGAUAACGAGACAGUUAGAUACUAAUCCAAUAGAAUGUCACCUCAAACGUGCUCAUAGACAUGGUGCAAAUGAUGUACUUUAAAAAAUAUAUAUUGCCUUUCUGAAUAAUAGAAGUUUUAAUGUUGUUAAACACUAGACGCUAAAUGCAUUUAAUUUUUUAAGACUUUAACAUGUUUAUGUUAUUUCAGGCUUAAGGUUAACUCAUAAAGUUCAGAGUCUGUUAAAAGUACCUAUCUUAAGGAUUAAUCGUAGAAUUCCGAAUAUUAGUUAUCACUCAAAUGUUUGGCUUUUUUUUAAUUGUUUUUAAAAAUCUAACCAACGCUUGCUUUGUGAUCUUAAAGAAUUGUGGUUAGUUAUGUCAUGUGGUUGCUGUCUCAUUGAAGUAAUCCACAAUAUCUAUCUGUUUUCAUAUAUAGAAGUUUUAACAACGAUAUUAAACAUACAUGUAUGUUGUAUUUAAUUAUAGAAUACGUAGUUAGUAUCAAUGACACUUCGUAUACCAUGGAGAUUAAAGAAUGCAAAUUAAACUAAAUGGUACAAAGACAUUAAUAUAAUUUUGUGCGUCUAGAUGUGGUUUACAGAAUAGAUAAUAAAAGGCAAAGUAUAAAUAUAGAAAAAUCCCCACCUCUUAAAAUAGUGAUUGGUUGCUAAAAUAUAAAAAAAUAGAGAAUAAUGGGCGACAAAAAAAAAUGGAAGAUUGGGAAAUUGCAUAGAAAAGUAAAGGUAACUAAAAGAAGACACUCAUCCAGACCCUCUGUUUUAACAGUGUUCUUUUUAUACUAUUAAAUUGUUGUCUUCUGAUACAGUUGUGUCUGCACCUACUUUAGGAUAAUUAAAAUAAAGGAAUGAAAAGAU